AACAUCGACCACAAUGUGCCCGGAGGCAAGCUGAACCGGGGGCUAUCAGUGGUGGACACGGUGGGGAUUCUCAAGGGCGGCUUCGAUAAGCUAUCGGACGAUGAGGUCUUCAAAGCCAGUGCUGUCGGAUGGUGCAUCGAAUGGCUGCAGGCCUACUUCCUGGUGGUCGAUGACAUCAUGGAUAGCUCCAUCACCCGCCGAGGCCAGCCGUGCUGGUACCGCAUGGACAAGGUGGGGAUGAUCGCCAUCAACGAUGGUGUGCUGCUCAACUCACACAUCUUCCUCAUCCUCCGCCGCCACUUCUCCUCCCAUCCCGCCUACACCCGCCUGCUCGACCUGUUUAAUGAGGUGACAUACCAGACGGCUUGUGGCCAGAUGCUCGACCUUAUUACCACUCCCGAGGGGGAGGUGGAUCUCAACAAAUACACCAUGUCCACCUACCUAAAGAUUGUGCAGUACAAGACAGCCUACUACUCCUUCUACCUCCCUGUGGCGACGGCGCUGAUUCUGGCGGGGGUGGAGGAUGCAGCACUUGCAGCACAGGCGAGGGAGAUCCUGGUGGUGAUGGGGACGUACUUCCAGGUGCAGGACGACGUGCUCGACUGCUACGGGGACCCCGCUGUCAUUGGCAAGGUGGGCACGGACAUAGAGGACACCAAGUGCUCGUGGCUCGUGGUGCAGGCACUGCAGCGGGCCACGCAGGAGCAGCGGCAGAUCAUUGAGAGCAACUACGGCAAGAAGGACGAGAAGUGUGUGGCGGUCAUAAAGCAACUGUACACCGAGAUGAAGCUGCAGCAGUGUGUGGCGGUCAUAAAACGGCUGUACACGGAGAUGAAGCUGCAGGUGCGUGCAGCUCAAUCUGUGGUUGAGUGUGGUUGA